CGAAAGUCCGAAAAUUCGCAUCGGCCGCUGGUUCGUUUGCGCUAUGGAAAAUAGCCGUACUUUUACAGUGCAUCAAUACUAGUUCGUACUGUGUUUGCAGUUAUAAACAUACACAUCGUACUGAGUUUGCAGUUAUAUUAUACAUACAAGCAAUUUGUGUUAAAGCUCUCAACAGCUCAAAGUCAAAACACAGAGCCAAAGCAAGUGUCUAAAGAUUUUCAACAGCAGUGGCACAGAUGGCUUCAUGAUAAAGAUUAGUUCUUUAGGAGAAUAAGAAAGAAAAGCCAAGGAAAAUUUCCAGAUAGAGGGAACUGUCAGAUUGGUAAUGGAUGAUUUGUUUUGUGUGGAUGUCCACGAUGUAUUGAUGUCGGCAGAUAUUGACAAAUUGUACAUUUUAAAAGAAGGCGAGGAAUUAAAUCUUCCAGGACCUUCUGGUUCAGGUUUGCAGGAUUGCCUACAGAAAAUAAUGUUGUCAAUGAAAAGAAAGACUGUGAGUCAAGUGUUCCAGAAAUCAAAGGGAGCAGGAAAACUUGCUAUUGGCUGGUUCAAUUAUGAUCGUAAGCAGAGAAGAUAUAUAAAUGUACGGUCACAGAAAGGGGGUGGAACUGCAGUUAUAGACAUACAGAAAUCGUCAGAAAAUAUGUAUGCAGAAAUUUUAAAAAAGGCGGCAUACCAAAGUAACAGAAUUCGAGUUACAGCUUGGAAACAACCAGGGAAAUGCCUUAAAUGAUGACUCUAAAUCUGUGGAAUGUGUUAGAGAAAAUAAACGUAUAAAUGUAAUGACCAAAGAAAAGGUAUUAUUUGUAGAAUCAGACAGUGACAGUGACUUUGAACUGCCAGAUAUAUCUUUCAGUAGGAGGAAAAGACCUUCAGCACCUGUGACGACAGCACCUUUCGUAGAUGAUGUUCUAAUAUCUACACCUAAAAGUAGUGUAUCUGUUGCUGUCUGGCCAAUUACAAAUAGACCUACUAGUAAUGUAACAAUGUCAACUUCUGGACCUGUUGUGGUACCCGUCACGACCUCAUCCAACACUUGUGAUCAACAAAUGCAACAGAACAUUCAUAUUUCUGCUGGAACACCAACUGUAACUUUUAAUUCUUCCAGCAUUCAAUGCUGCAUCUGCAUGGAUAGAGACAGAGACUCCUUUCUAAUUUUUUCAUGUGGACAUACGUUCUGUAUGGUGUGUAGUAUUGCACAGGAGUGGGGGGGGGGGGUAACAGAGAACGUGCACAAUUUGCAGGCAGAUAAUUACAGGGGUAGGGCAGAUCAGACAAUGAGGAAAAAACUUCAAAUGGCAGCCACAAGACUGAAGGGACAAAUAUUUUCCAGCAUCUUUGUUCGCUUAUAGGAAAAAAUAUCAAAAGUUUUCACUGGGAUAAACAAUAAUUUCUCGUACUUAUUCUUUAAAGUAUGUAUUAGAUUUACACAAUACAAUUUAAAUGAUAAUUCUGUAACUAAUUGUUAUUCACUGGGGCUGUUUUAAUAAACACAGUUAU